CUUCUUGUCUGUCGUCUGUGUAUUUGCUCUUAUCACAAUAAAUAUAAUCAUACAAAAAGUGGUUUGUUUUCAAUUUUAUUAUAAGUAGCAUGGUGUACUUUAAAAAUGGAAUAAGUUUAACGAUUGUAUUAUGAAACUAGAUUUAUUAGUAAGUACUAAUGCUUUUAAUUAUGGUGAGAUGGAUCCACACAAUGAAAUAAGCAGUACUCAUCUACAAGAUCCAAGUGGAAAACAGAUGGACUACCCUUCACAUGGAGGAAAAUCGCAGGAAAAUUAUUGUUCAAUCCGUUUCAGUCAGGAAAAACUGACAGAAAAUAUCACCUUGGAUGUCAUAGAACUUGUGGAGAAAGACAUGGACUUUAACGAUAUUGUGUCUCUGUUGUUUCUUGUCAGUGAAGAACAACAUUCCAAGUAUAUUUUUCAGCGCAUCGCUCAAUUCAUCAAAAUCAAAUCAGCAAACCUUGAUAGUUUAGAAAGUGUGAACUACAGUCUUCUUUUGGAUUGGUGCUUAUCUAAUCCAAAGAACUGGCGGAUGAAAAUUGUUGAAGCUCUAGGGAUUAUUGAGUGCUUCGAUAUACUCUCAAAACUGGGCUACAAGAAAAUAGAUGUUAUGGAGCACUUCUUACCGGAUGAUACUGAGUUCGCCAUAUGCAUUCCACUACUAAAAAAGAAACUCUACAUUGAGUUAUCAAACUCUCCAAUCUCGGAAAUUUUGUCCCUCUAUGAGUGUCUAGAAAAGGAUGGUGAAAAUUCGAAUGAUAUAUUGUUCCAAGAUUCAUUUAUAAAUAAGAACUACUUUGAGUUUCUGCUCAUUUAUCUGUCAUCGGAAACAUUGGUCAGAUUUGACGAUCAUCCAGACUUGAAGUUUUUCAUAAAUUUACUUGAAAAAGCAAACUUGCUCAAAUUGAAACAUAUAUUUGAAAAUUAUUUAUCGGAACAUGAGAAUUUAAGUGAACAUUGUAAAACAAAUGAAAACUUGAGCGAGUCUUCUCCUGGAUAUAAUAAGCCAUACACUAAAGACUCUUCCAGUAUAGAUGAAAUGGGCAAAGAGGAAUUUGGAAGAUUAGGAAACGCAGAAAGGAUAGCUGUUGCUCAUGACGAUUCUGAAUUGAGCUUUUACAAAAUUGGCAAUCCCGAGGAUCUAGGCAUUUGUCUGAUAAUCAACCAGAAGAAUUUCACAAGAUUAAGAGAGAGAGAUCCUAAAUAUCAGAGAGUUGUAAGCGAGAACUUACUAGUGGACCGACAUGGCACUGAAAGAGACGUUGAGAGGUUGCAGGAAACUUUCAAGCAUUUCAAAGUUUCAGUUAUUGUUGAGAAUGACGUGCCCCACUCGAUGAUUGGCAGUUGUAUAAAAGACACAAUAGAUACCGAUUUCAAGCAACACCAUUCGGUAUUUUUCUUAGUCAUCCUGUCACAUGGAGAUCAAGGUAUUAUCUACGGAGUUGACAGUAUACCAAUUGCUAUAAGUUCGCUUGUUGAUGCGGUGCUAAGGUCAUAUGAUAAACUAAAAAACAUACCCAAAGUCAUUAUUGUUCAAGCCUGUCAAGGAAACUUGCCAAACCCAGUUUUGGAAACUGACGGAGGAAGCUGUGCAGAAACAGUUGCUACUCAACCCAAGUACACUGCGAUUGGUUCUGAAAAGCAGGACAAAAAACAGGAGAAAGUUCGGACCGCCUACCAUGACGAUUUGUUGAUGUGCUUUUCGUCAGUUAGUGGAUAUGAAUCUUACCGUCAUACCAGAGAAGGUUCGAAAUACAUUCAAAUUCUAUGCGAUAAUUUGAUGAAAUAUGGACACAACGAUGACUUUCUGAGCAUAUGCACACGAGUCAAUAAUGAUCUCAAGAAGCUGUAUGUUCCUAUCAAAAUUGAUGAUAAUGUACUAUUGCCAUCAACACAGGUGUCAGAAACAAGCUCGUGUCUACAUAAGAAACUGUUUUUAGUACAACCAUGGAGAUCCAAUGUUCCAACGUAUACUAACAGACCAAUAAGUUGAAAUAAAUUUCUAAAAAUUGA